AGCAUUGAGUGGCGCGUAUGAUCACGGAAAAUAUUUUCGUCGGGUUAUUAUUGCUUGAAUUUUUAAUUGCGGUGUUUCCCGAUUCAACAACCGGGUUGGCUUGUUAAACACGUUCCUCAACAUCGAAACUCUAUAAAUACCCAGGCUCUAUUUUAGGCUAACCUUCUUUUCUCUUCUCCAUCUCGCUUUUCGUAUUUUGCAUCGAUUUGGUAUAUACGAUCUUUAGCUUGAUUCUCGCUCUCGUUCUCUGCGAUUUCUAGGUUUUUUUCUUUUCUUUUCAGCUCCCUUAAGAUAUACUAUUCCCGCCUUCCUUUGUUUGCUGGGGAACAGCUCGAAAAAGAAAAAAAAAGGCAUUGAAGGAAUCGUUUUUGACAGGUGCCUGCAUUUUGAAAAUUGCUUCGGGAUCCCUUUUUUUAUUUUCCUUUUGGAUUAUACAGCUCCAAAACGAUCAGAACGUUGAAGAUUUGCAAGGAAUCUGAGCUUUAAAAGCAAACUUCUUUCUUAGACUCAGAACAUUUAUUCACAUAGUUCUGUCAUCUCAGCUAUAUAUAGUGGCGAAGGAGAUGACAACCUCCAGUGUUCAGGACUUCCGUGCUUGAUGGACUGCCCGCCAACUAGCAGUGACAAGAAAACUCUGAAGAGGUGGUUUUUCAUUGAUAAAAGGGUUGGAUAAAGAGAUACCUGAGAUUUCUUAUUAAAAACUCUAUACUUCUCCACAUUUGCAAGGAUUGUCCGCUGGUAACAAAUUCAUCUAUCAUAAAUUGCUUUAUAAAUCUGGAUCAAAUGGACCUUAAAUCCAAUCACACUGCUCCUGUGCUCACUGAUCCUGCACCCAUAAGCAAAUCUAGAAUGGGCGUGCAUUCCAGUCUAUUGCCUUACACUCCAGGAGCUGCUUUUUCGUCAAAUUUGUUUCUAACUAUCCCUAGGAAGAAAACUGGAGUACUAGAUGAUUUUCGCUCUAGUAGCUGGGUUGAUACUAUGAAAUCCUCUUCCCCUCCUCACAAGAAAAUGACCAAAGAUCUCAGUAAUGAGAUUUCAUUUGCUGACACCGACGUAGCCUAUCGCACCUGGACGCUUAAGUAUCCAUCAGCCCUUACAUCUUUUGAGCAAAUUGCAAACUUUGCGAAAGGCAAGAGAAUAGCAUUGUUUCUGGAUUACGAUGGGACUCUUUCACCAAUCGUUGACAACCCUGACUGUGCCUUCAUGUCUAAUGCUAUGCGUUCUGCUGUAAAGAAGGUGGCAAAAUGUUUUCCCACAGCAAUAAUUAGUGGAAGGAGCCGUGAUAAGGUAUAUGAGUUUGUAGGACUAACAGAACUCUAUUACGCGGGUAGUCAUGGGAUGGAUAUCAUGGGGCCUGUUAGACAAUCUGUAUCCGAUGAUCAGCCAAAUUGUAUGCGGUCUGCUGACAAGCAGGGCAAGGAAGUUAAUUUGUUCCAACCAGCUAGCGAAUUUUUACCCAUGAUUGAUGAGGUUUAUAGUUCCCUUGUUGACAGUACCAAAGACAUUAAAGGAGCAAAAGUUGAAAACAACAAGUUCUGUGUAUCUGUACAUUAUCGUAAUGUAGAUGAGAAGAGUUGGAAAUCAGUUGCACAGUGUGUGUAUGAUGUCAUAAAAAAUUAUCCACGCCUGCGAUUGACGCAUGGGAGGAAGGUUUUAGAGGUCCGACCUGUGAUCAAUUGGGAUAAGGGGAAAGCUGUCACGUUUCUUCUUGAAUCACUUGGUCUAAGCAAUUGUGACGAUGUGCUUCCAAUUUAUGUUGGAGAUGACCGGACAGAUGAAGAUGCAUUCAAGGUUUUGAGAGAGAGGAACUGCGGCUAUGGCGUUCUAGUAACAUCUGUGCCCAAGGAAAGCAAUGCUUUUUACUCACUUAGGGACCCGUCAGAGGUGAUGGAGUUCCUAAAGUCCCUGGUGAUGUGGAAGAAAUCAAGUGCGCUAUAAGAUUUAUAAAGAAGAGAAUACUGUGACUUGGUGACAUAUAUAUGAUAAAAGAAAGCCUAUAUGUUUCUUUUUGGUGGAUUAGUUAUGUAGGAAAUAUACCAAUCCAUUGGUUUUGAAGCAGAGGUAAUCCUGCUCCUGCGUUAUUAUUGCUGUUCAAAGCCUUCUUCUCUUAAUUGUAAAUUCAUUUCUUUUCAAUUAUCUUUUAUAUUUUGCUAUGCUUUAUAUCUCAAUGUGUUGUAUUUUUGGUCA